AUGACAACGUUAACCGUCCUGAGUGAAAUCAAUGACGAGGGUCGUACUUAUGUUACCCGGAUUAAACCUCCGUCAGCAAGGUGGGAGUCAAAAGUCGUUAUUCAACUCGCUUAUCAUACCAUUCGAUCAAAACUGUCGAGACAUUUUUUGAGUAAAUUGAAUUCAACACGAACUGAAAUUUACGCCAACAUUAAUCUUUGA